GGACCAGAUGGCCUUGAAGGGUCCCUUCCAACUCAAUUCCAUGAUUCCAUGAAGAGGAGAACCCCAGGCUGCCUGGGACAAGGCAGUGGCCUCACCACUGGGCUGCACUCCUUGAGGCAGGGAUGGACAGACAGCACCGGGUGAUGCAUUUACAGCUGUUCUUCCCAUCAUCCAGUGAAAUCCCAUAAAAUUAAACCAGGCUCCGCCCCAGCUUCCAGGCCUUGUGACUGCACUCCUGUAAGAGGGUCACUCCCGACUGACAAAGAGCAAGCCACUAAAUGUCAAAUCCAGUGGAUCUGAUUCUGUUCCUCUUUAUACUGUCACAGCCCAAUGAUGACACACUUUAAUUACUCACAUUUAAAUGCCAAAUUACUCACCAUUACUCAUGGUGCUUUCUCUCCUUCCCUGAAAUAAAUCUAACGUCUACUCUCCCCUUCACAACAAGCCUGGUCCUGCUGCUGGUACCAACGUGGAGAGCAGUGGGGCAAUUGGAAGAUGUUGCAGUAGGAGAUAACUUACACUUAAUAAAUGGCUUUUUGUGGAAGAUGCUCCUGCUCUCAGCUGCUCUUUUAUCUCCCCCAGAAGCACAGCUUUGAUGCUGGAGGCAAUGAGGGCACCAGCAGAUACAAGCUGCACCUGAGACACUCUGCUCUUCAGAGACAAUUUACGGCUACGAAAGCUUAGCAGGAAGCCCAGGUGAGCAGAAAACAGAAUGCUGCCAGCCAUGGGCUCUUCAUUCCCAAAGUGGUUCCUGAAAAAGCUAAGAUAAAGCCCAACCAUGUUAACUACCUUCAGAGCAAGCAGCAAGGCAUUUAUGGGGUGCUAGAAUAGGUGACUGAUGACAGCACUAAUGAACAGAACAGGUAGAACCUUCUUACUGACUUGCUCCAGCUUUUUGGAAGUCUUCUGUGAAUAGUACCACCCCAUAAUAAGUUGUUGCACUCAGAUAAUGCAAGAAUGUGCGCAACAGAAACAUUUAAGUGACAACUACAGGGCAGUUGGUAGCAGCUCUGCAGAGUUGUCUUCUCCAGCUAUUUAUCCAAGGAGGAAUUGGGCUGAUUUUGGGUGGAGCUGUGUGGAGCCAGGAGUUGGACUCCAUGUUCCUUAUGGACAGCCCCUUCCAACUUGAGAUAUUCUAUAACUAUACAAAGAAUGAUACUGAAUUGCUCUCAAAAGAUGAACCCCUCUCAUCUCCAAGGGCUUCUGCUUAUGUGCUGCUGCUGUUAGCCAUGCAUCACAGCAUUAGACUGAUGAGAGCAUUAGUAGCACAGCUGUAAUGCCACCAGAGGAACACCACAGCCACCACAAUGCUCCCAUUUCCCAGUCUGAGCACAGCAAUAGCAUUCAUUGGCUGGGGUUGGGCAACAGUCCUGCAGUGCAAUCUGCAACCACCAGGCAGCCCUAAGGGGGACACUGCAGUUUUAGCCAUCACAAACUGGUCCAAGCCAGCUCUACCAUCCCCUGUAACUGAAGUGCAACCUCAGAGUCCCCUCCCUGCUCUAUCCCCUGUGUAACACACAUCAACCCACUCAAGGCUGAACUUCAUAGAAUCACAGAAUCAUUGGGAUGAGAGGAAUUUAACAUCUGCAAACCACAGGGGAAAGGCAAGUCCUGAAAAUGCCAUAGAACCAGCCCAGCAGGCUGCACCGAGGAGGAGAGGAUGCUCAUCAGCCACAUACACUGCUCUGCAGCCAUAAGAUGCAAACCUCAUCCUUCACAGCCUUAGGGCAGUGAGAAGGGCCUGACAGCACCACCUGAAGCUGUUCUGCAGGGGCUGAGGCUGCCAUGGCAGGGAGGUGCUGCAGGACCAGCUGUGCCCUAUUGCACUUGAUGAAGCAGGUGGGAGAAGCUAAGGGCCUGCUGCACUUGCUCACUAAAAAGCUGCAGCAAAAGGUGAGGCUUUAUCUUUGCACACUCUGCCUUCUCAGCUCUGACUCCCUGCUCAUCCACAGCCCUGCAGAGGGGCUCAGGCCGUGCCUGUAUCCUGAUGGGGAGCACCAGGCAGAACCCCAAUUCCUCCAGCACGUCCCUAGGGUGAAGCUGUACCUCAAUGAACUGCACCUGCUCUGGGGCUAUCCCACUAUAAAGCUGCGAGCGCUGGACGGCAGCAGGUUUUGCACGCAUGGAGGACGUCUCGCCCCUGGAGCAGUACUUGGAGCACUGCGGCAGACAGGAUGACCUCUCAGCCAGUCCCCAGGUGUUUAAUCCUAUGAGCCCCUAUGACGUGGACCUUCCAAUUCAAGUAGCUGGAGAUGUAUCGUUUGGUUCCCAGUUUAACCAGCCCAAAGAGCUUCCUGCAGACUUCUCCUCUGUGGACCUCAGCUUUCUCCCAGAUAUUACCCAAGAUAACAAAGAACAAAAUCCUUCUGAAGAUGGUCAUGAAAUGCAAGGAGGCCUUGAUGGAUCGGUACCAAGAAAUGAGGAUGGUGGAGUCUUCAUGGAGGAAAGCAGCUCGUCAUACCCAGAUGUGAUCCAGCCAAGCCCUGGAGAACCUGGUGUGUGUCCUCCCCUGACACCAAUGACUCCUAUGACCCCAGUGACACCUGCAUCAGAGAGCUCUGGCAUAGUUCCUCAGUUACAGAAUAUAGUGUCCACUGUAAACUUGGCUUGUAAACUAGAUCUGAAGAACAUAGCUCUGCAUGCCAGAAAUGCAGAGUAUAACCCAAAGAGGUUUGCGGCUGUGAUCAUGAGGAUCAGGGAACCACGAACAACGGCCCUUAUCUUCAGUUCAGGAAAAAUGGUCUGCACAGGAGCCAAAAGCGAAGAGCAGUCACGGCUCGCAGCAAGGAAGUAUGCCCGUGUGGUGCAGAAGCUGGGGUUCCCUGCCAAGUUCCUGGACUUCAAGAUCCAGAACAUGGUGGGCAGCUGUGACGUGAGGUUCCCCAUCCGGCUGGAAGGGCUGGUUCUCACCCACCAGCAGUUCAGCAGCUAUGAACCUGAACUGUUUCCUGGCCUUAUUUAUAGGAUGGUCAAACCAAGGAUAGUGUUGCUUAUCUUUGUGUCUGGAAAAGUUGUUCUGACUGGAGCAAAAGAGCGUUCUGAAAUCUAUGAGGCGUUUGAGAACAUCUAUCCCAUUCUUAGAGGUUUCAAGAAAGCAUCGUAAUGCAGCCUGUAAAGUAGACAGGAAUAACGUAUGGGUUUAUUUUGCUAGGCAUGGAACAGAAGCCAAGGCUGUUCCUGGACCCAAAUGUAUAGAUGUGGACAAUGAAAAUGACAUUACUGUGAAUGCUAUAAAUGCUGAUCCCUUCCUAUAGUUUAUGAAAUGUUUUUUGCUUGCACAUCUGCUGUCUGUAAUUCACUUGUAACUCAAGGAGAGAAAUUUAGCAAACAAAUGUACUUUUAAUAGUAUGCAUAAUAAGACUGCACUUACCUUGUAGUUGAAACCUUGUGUUUUUUCCCAGCUGAACAGGUGAAUUGACACUGCACUUCAAAUUAGCUCCCUCAAAAUCCUCAGCUUGAAGUACUGGAACCUAGCUCCUGCAAUGCUGUAUUUUCAUGUUCAUUCACAGUCAAACUCAAAAUACUUUUUUCUAUAAUAUGGCUUAUGAAGUCCAGCAUGACUUUAUUUCAGUGUUUUGAAGACAGUGACUGCAGAGGACACUUGACUCCCUCUGAUAACUCAAGUUGGAUCAACUGUUGUGUAAUGGUGCUGGUGCUCCCUUAGCAGAGCAGAUAUUCAAGGGCAGCACUGGAACACAUGCAGAGAGGGUCUAGCUAAGCAAACUGAUUAACUUGUCAUGCCAUGGGUUUUAACAAAAUGGUACCUGCUUGCAUUAUCAAAGUCCUUAUCAGACGAUGAUUGAUUAGGAAUAGCCUUUAAAGUGGGCUUGAGGAGAAUACAAGAAUGGAUGCUCAGGGCUUUCCUGAGUUAUUUAACUGGAGUUCAGAUAACAGCAAUGCAUGAAAGCAUUUGGUAAUUUUGCAGCUGAAGCUGUGGGGCUCUUGCACCUUCCUCAGCUCAAGGCCUUCUUUGUUAGAGGUGUCUCUCUCAGACAGGUAACAUGAUUAGGAAGAGUGUAGAGAUUAUCCCUGUACUGUUCAGGUACCUGCUAUGAUUCUCUAGAAGCAAAGGUGUUUUUUCUCUUCCUGAAACAGAGUUCUGGUGCUGCUGGGCCUUGUCUCCUCCCCUUGUUUUCUGCUGAAGAUGGGACAGAUCUGUCAGGAAGCUCCAUGAACCGCUAGAGGUUGCUAUUUGAUGAUUUAAGUGUAACCCAAGCUAAAAGCUGCCUGUACUCCUCCAUAGAAAAAAUAGUGUUGGCAAUGGUUUAAUACAGAACAGGGUAAUGGUCGUGUUUUUCUGCCACCAGUUUAUUUCUGACUUGGUGAAGCUGCGACUUCAAUGUGUCUGCAGUCUCUCACAAGUACUUUUAUCACUUUGCUCCUCUGGAAAAAAAGCUUGGAAAACUUCAUACGCUUCCUUACGAUAAACUGGUCUUAACUGUCUUAUCAGCUGCUUUGUCGCAAGCAAACCGUGGAUUUCCACACUCAAAUCUAUUCUAAACAGAGACUUACUUUUCUGUUUGUUUUCUAACACUGCAGACUUUCCACUGCAAUGGGCUGAACUUCUGUUUGCGCUGUGGCUGUAAAAGCUGAUAAGGCUUGAUUUACCAGAAUCCCUGUAAGUGAAAAGCAACAACCUGUUCUUAUUGGUGUUUGGAGACUGCUUAUCUGAGAUGAGCCUUCUUCAGGAAAGAAAACUGUUUUUUCAUUAAGAGUGAGCCGCAUAAUUUCACCAGUAAAAUCAAUGCUCUUUUAAAGAGUGUGGAAAAAGCUUGAUGAUAAGAGAGGGGCUCUGUGUCUUCUCAGAGCUGCUGAUAACCUUACGUUUGCUAUGGUAACAUGUCUUAAAAACAAGUAUUGUGGUUCUCCUUCAGUUUGAAAUGGUUUCAGGCGAGAAAAGGGGAGAUUUAGACUGGAUAUAAGGGAGAAGCUUUCUAGAAUAAGGGCGGCGAGGCACUGGGUGCCCGGAGUAGCGGUGGAUGUCCCUGCAGGCUCCAAGCUCAGGGGUGGGCUCUGAGCACCUGAUGGAGCUGCGGGUGCCCCUGUGCACUGCAGGGAGUGGGACCACAUGGCCUUUAAGGGUCCCUUCCAACGCAUACAAUUCCAUGAUUUUGUGAUUUUUUUUUUUUAACUGGGGCGUUAUUUUGUGGAAGAACGCCACUGAGCCCCCGAGU